CACACACACACACACACACACACACACACACACACACACACACACACACACACACACACACACUGCCCAGCUACAUCUGCCACGUCGCCUCUCAUGGACAGCAGUCUGCGGAGUGAGGAUGUGGAGAAACAUGUCUCCCUGUUUGGAUUCUCUUGUGGAUCAAAGCCUUCUUCUUCUUCUUCUUGCUGAUAUUUUAACCGCGUGAAGAGCGACUUUAAGGACUCUUUUAAAAAGCUCCGUAAAUCCAGCUUUUUUGCUAUAACAAUGUCCCAAAACAUUUGCGUGGAAAAGUUGGAGGCAUGCUGCAGGUUGAAGGCUGCGAAGGCGCGAGACUGAAACUGAAGCAGAAUGACACGAGCCUGGCAGCGAACUGGAGACGUUCUGUGUUGCUGAAUGGGUGACAACAUCUAGUCACCUCCCCUGUGAACACCAUCACAUUGUGCAGGAAAAGUGUCCGUGAUGUACCAGGAGGUGGCCUUCCUGGCAGGUAGCUCCGAGCACCAGUUCACCACCUUCCACUUCCAACCUGUGGAGAACAAGAAGGAGGUCCUGGCCAAAAAGGGUUUGUUCUACAAGCGAGCCAAGCUUCUUCUCCAGCCUCAGCCUCGACAACAAGAUGGAGGAGAGAUCGGCCUUUCUGACGGGGCGGCCAUUAUCAACGUCGGCGGGAUAAAGUACCAAAUCCCUUGGUCUACGUUGGACGAAUUCCCUUUGACUCGAUUGGGGAAGUUGCGAAGCUGCAGCAACGAGGAUGAAAUCAUGGAUUUGUGCGACGAUUACGACAGCAGCCGAAACGAGUAUUUCUUCGACCGAAGUCCGUCGGCUUUCCGCACAAUCGUGUGUUUCUUAGCCGCGGGGAAACUGAGGCUACUGAGGGAAAUGUGCGCCUUGUCGUUCCAGGAGGAGCUGCUCUAUUGGGGGGUGGAGGAGAAAAAUCUAGACUGGUGCUGCCUUAGGAAACUGAGGCUCAGACAGGCGGAGUUCAAGGAGCAACAGAGACUGGAGGAGGAAGAGGAAGCAGAGCUAACAACGCCACAAUCCUGCCAGGAGAGUCCACAACCGCCUGAGAUGGAGGCUCCAGAAGAGACUCGAGCGGGGGGAUGCAUGAGGAGAUUAAGGGACAUGGUGGAGAACCCACACUCUGGUUUACCCGGGAAGAUCUUCGCCUGUUUGUCGGUUAUAUUUGUAGCCAUCACCGCUGUGACGCUGUGUGUCAGCACCAUGCCAGACCUCAGGGAGGAGGAGGAGAGGGGUGAGUGCUCCCAGAGGUGCUACAACAUCUUCGUUCUGGAGACGGUGUGCGUCGCCUGGUUUUCCCUGGAGUUCCUACUGCGUUUCAUCCAGACUCAGAGCAAGUGGACGUUUCUUCGUACGCCUCUGAACCUCAUCGACGUGUUGGCCAUCCUCCCGUACUACAUCACUCUCAUCGUGGACUCUUUUUCUGUCGGCGGGAAACAAACAGGCUCCGGGAACAACUACCUGGAGAAAGUGGGGUUAGUUCUCCGAGUCCUGAGAGCUCUACGGAUCUUUUACGUGAUGCGUUUGGCUCGACACUCUUUAGGCCUGCAGACACUCGGGUUAACAGUGAGAAGAUGCACGCGAGAGUUCGGACUUUUGCUGCUUUUCCUUUGCGUAGCCAUGGCUCUUUUCUCCCCACUUGUGUUCCUAGCUGAGAGCGAGUUGGGCGCCAAGCAGGAGUUCACAAGUAUCCCCGGGAGUUACUGGUGGGCCGUGAUCUCCAUGACCACAGUAGGAUACGGAGACAUGGUGCCAAGAAGCAUCCCUGGACAAGUGGUGGCACUCAGCAGCAUUUUGAGUGGAAUCCUCCUCAUGGCGUUCCCCGUAACGUCCAUUUUCCACACCUUCUCACGCUCCUACAUAGAGCUUAAAGAAGAGCAGAAUCGCGCCUCGAGGCACAAGCCGGGUUCGCAGGAUAGCACCAAGUCUCAAAACAGUGAAGAUUCUCAAGAGACGGACAGUUAUCAUGGGAUCACUGAGGCCUCGGCUACAUCACUGCAGAGGAGGAAGUUCCUUGCUGCACAAAGGGCUGCUGACAUUAGAGCGAUGAAAACUUAGCUGCUUCGUUUGUGUUUCAUGUGGGACUCCAAAGGUUGACAAGCUGCAGGAUGGUGGGAUUUUCCUUCCCGGGAGAUUGAGGUCCCGGCUUUGAUCGUGUGAAGCGCUUGUGCUCCAGGGUGUAUCUGAGUUUCUUAAGUUUUACUGAGGAGCUGCAGAGCAUACAUUUGAACUUGAAAAGACUGCAAACAGUAUAACAUUCAUGAAUAAACAACCAGUCAAAUGAGAUCUAAAAAAAUGACAGUUCUGAGUGACUGUGAUUCACAUAAGUCUGCAAAAAAAAGGGAAUUCCAACACCAAAACAUCACACGUUGUUAUUCAGACCUCAGACUAAUAAUUUAUGUUCCUCACGUAGCUACUUAUGAGAAUAAAGGUGUUUGCUGAGACUUCAGACAUGGAGCUUCAUUAUUGAUGUGCCAUAUCAUCUCCAUGUACUCUGUAUUUGCUCAACCUGGGGCUCUAAGGUUUCACACACGUUCAUAAUGAUGUCAGCACUUUUAUUUGCAAUGAUGCAAAGCUAAUUCAUAUCCAGCAUGAUUACACAAGAGUAAUUUCUCUUUCAAAGGGCUAUGCAGUCAGUUUGGGACAUUUUGUUCACUGUGGAAUGACAAGAGGAUGUUUCUACACUUACCAACAUCCAGUUAUCUUACCAUAUAUGUGGGUAAAAGGCCAGUAGAACAUUAAGAGGGUUGUGUGACUGGUUAAACAUCAUCAUUCAGGCACUAAAACCCACAGACCUUUUAAUGACUAAAACCAUUUCAGAUAAUUAAUAAUAAUGUAACCAGUCUUACACGAUUUCCUCUAAUUGCUCAUACAGCACUUCAUUUCAUUUCACUUGAGUGCCUUGUACUGAAAAAACCCCACAACAUUCUGCUAAUUAUUGUAACUCAUCAAGUGCUCGAGAGUGCAAAUUAGAUAUGUUUAUAAGCACGGGCAUGUUUAUUCUCAAAACUCUGAACUCACUGAAUCAUUACAAAAGCAUGGAAAUAUUAGAACACUUAAAACAAAUAUAUCCACUACAGUAUAUGCCAGUUUUUAAGAAGUUAGAAUAUUGUUUUGAUUAAGUGGAUGGUGAAAUAAGACAUAAUUUGAAUAAAAAAAAGUUAAAUGGA